CGGUCGGAGCGCGCGGCUGAGGCGCUACGCGACCCGGUGCCGCUGCGGCGCGCGACAUGCUCUCAGUGAUGUUGUUCGAGAACGCGCGCUCGUCCAUCAAGAACCUCGGCAACACAGCUACUGGCCAAUGGCUGGCCAAACGGAAGCUCUUCAAGCUGAACUCGACGCCCGGCAGCGCCGAGGACCUCGCGGCCGUGAUGGAGGCAGCCGGCGUGACGCCGCCCGGCCGCGGCCACCAGCGCAACCACAGCGCCACCAGCCUCGGCAUCAGCAGCAACCACAGCGUGUCGCUGGCCAGUGUCAGCAGCGAGGGCUCUGCCGACUCGCACCUGGUCGAGCAGGAGGACAUCGUCGCCCUGACGCACGACGUGCGUGCCUUCAAGGAGGCGCUCGGCAAGCUGCGCCGCAUCUUCCACCCGGAUAAAGAUGACGCUCUAUGA